UCUUUCUGAACCAUAAAGUUUCUCAGGCAAGUUUCACCAAAUGUUUACAAUCCUUGCCGUUCCAUAACAAUGUGAUCACUCACUCAUUUUUAUCUUUCUUUUGAAUUUUGAAGAUGGAUCGGCGGAGAUCUUACGAGAGGCAGCAGAGUUCAACGCCGACGACGCCGACGUCACCGUCGUCGGGUACGCCGCAGAACCUCCACGCACGCGCUGGUUCCACGGGCUCCGUCAUGGCGAACCCCCGGAGAGUGCAGAACAUCGCCGCCACCAAAGCGGCCGCUCAGAGAUUGGCACAGGUGAUGUCGCAUUCAACGGUAGACGUCGACGACGAAGACGAAGAGGAAGUUUCUCUCGACUAUUCCACGCUCAGUGUCGGCAUUGGCCUCGGAGCUGCAAGACCUGCUCGACCUCACUCUCCAAUGAGAGUUCCAGCUAUUCCGGAGCAACCUUCAUCCUCAAGAUCGCGUUCACCAUUGUCAGUUCGUAUCGUUCAAGAACGACCGCAAUCUUUGAGAAGCAUAUCGAGUGCAACCGGUGCGACCAUCGACGCCGCUGAAUAG